AUGGAUGCGACACGCCAUGUCUCCUACGAUGCGGCGCGCGGCUUCCUCAAGCGCUGCUUCGCCAAGCCGGCACGCAUGCGCUUGCUGUGCAGCACCAAAGCUGGCCGAGAGGGCGGCGAGGCCCUCCAGGUCACCGUCGAGCUGGGUCCAGGCGGACCAGUGGUUCAGGUGCGCGAGGUGAGCAUGGCUGAUGGCUGGACAGGCUGUCGCUUCUCUCCAUCUGCACUGUGGCUAGCCUUGCAGGUAGCUGAUCCUGAAGGCCCAUUGGCCGCGCAGUGUGGCGCGGGAUGUGGCCAGGCGCAAGGCCGGCCUAAAGCCAUUGAGUUCGGCUGUGGCGUGGCCCUGGCUGGCUUGGCGGCUCAUGCCAUGGGCUAUGACACCACACUCACCGACUGUUUACCCGGCCAUUUGAAGAACCUCCAGAGCCUCCAGACGAACCCUGUGGACCGCGUGGCGAAUCCCGCCGUCGUGGUCCGCCGUUUGGACUGGCUCCUGGAUGUGGGCCACGCGGCCCACGCGGCCAACCAAACGCGCGACGCGAUCGACAGAGGGUCUCCGGAGAACCUGGGAGAAGCUGAGUCUGAUUGGCCCAACCUGGAAGAAGAGCAACUUCAAAGCUUUGACUUGGCUUUAGCCAGCGAUGUGGUCUACGAGCCUCACCAUGCCAUCCUUUUGCCGAUGGUCAUCUCUCGUUGGUUGAAGCCAGGAGGCUGGUGGGCUGUAGCUUUGGCCAUCCGUGAUGAAGAGAUGUGUUGUCGAUUUGUGGAGCAGUUGGACUCCUGUGGACUUUAUGACCCUGAGCACCUCUACAUUCAGACCGCCUGUGUACCCGAGAGAUGUUGCAAGCGAGCCAUGCGCGACCUCCCGAGCUCCGAGCUGACCACCAAGAGGUUAUGCGACCUGGUCCGCGCGCAUGAGGGUGGGGCAGUGCUCUUGCAGGGUCAAAGACCCGAAGAUGGAAAGGGAGAGGUGGUGCCAGAGGAGGAGAAACGCCUAGCACGAUGGAACCUGAAGCGUGCCAUGCAUGACAGGCGCAUCGCGGACAUCGAGAAGGCCCUCAUCGCCGGCGAGGAGUGUCAUUUGUACCCCAUGGAGCUGGAACAUGCUCGGCACACCUUGCUGGAAGCCCGGAAGGCGGAUGCUUUGUACCGGCUGGAAAAGACCUUGUCGGACGGCGAGAUCGCCGCCAUCCGGGCGGCCAUCGAUAAGGCCGCCGAGGCCGGCGUCAAUGCGUCGAAGCUUCAAAGUGCCGAGAAGGUCUUGGAAGACGUGAAGAAGCAGGAAGAUGCCAGGAUGCUGCUGCACGAGGCCGGUCGGACUGCUAACAUUGCACAACUUCGUCAGGCCUUAGAGGAUUCCGUGAGCUUGGGUCUGGAAGAACACGAGCUGCAUCACUUGAGGCGUCGACUGAGCCGUUUGGAACGAAAGGUCGAAGCGCAGGAGAAGCUCCAGGCUGCCAUUGCAGGCCACUCGAUCUCUGCUUUGACCGAAAGCAUCGCCCUAGCAUCGACCACAGGGCUGCCAGCGGCCGAGUUGGAUAAAGCACGGAAGGCGUUGAAAGAUGAGCAGCAGAAGGCGGCUGCACGAGUGAUCCUGAAAGAUGCGCGGCUGGGAAAGAAGGCCUCUCCUGAGGGCCGCAUUUCCGAUUUGCACGACGCGCUCAAGGGUGCCAAAUCCGCAGGGCUCACUGAGGAGGAGAUGCAGGGGGCUCAAGUGGUCCUGGACCAGCUCGUCAUGCAGGUCGCGGCGCGGCGAGCGCUGCAGGAGGCAGUCGAGCUGGCCACGAUCGAUGCCUUGAAGCCAGCCAUCGAAGAUGCCCGAGCAGCAGGCAUUGAUUCUGAAGAGGUGAAGGCGGCAGAGGUGCAGCUGGAGAAUGCCUACAAGCCGACUGCCCGGCUGAAGCUCAAAGAAGCUAUCCAGAGCCGGGACAUCCCGACGAUCCUCGCGGCCAUCGAGCAGGGCAAGGCUGUUGGCCUCUCUGUGAUGGCGAUCGCAGAGGCCUCAGAGAUCGUCCAGGAAGAGGAACUGCGGAUCCAACUGCGAAAGCGCUUGGCGAAGCUCUACGCGUCGAAGAAUCUCCAAGAGCUCAAAGCAGCGAUCAACCUGGGGCAGACGAACGGCUUAAAGGAGGAAGAACUCAACGAUGCUCGCAAGCAGGUCGCUGAACUGGAAGAACAGGAGGCGCUUUGCCAACGCAUCUCCGAGGCCAUCCAGGGCGGCGAGAUCGUUCAGAUCAAGGCGAUGAUCGCAGAAGCGGAGGAGGUGCGGCAGCGUGUGCUCACGCCGUGCGUCCCUCCCGAGCUCAUCCAAGAUGCUGAGAAGGCCUUAAAGCACGAGAUCGAAUCAGCGGCUCAGAGCAUGCUGAUGGAAGCAGUGAAAAAGUGCAGCGCGGCCGCCGCUGUGCGGCGCCUCUCCAACGCCGGCGUUUCGGCCGCGGCCGGCGCGGAGGCGUUGCCGCCGUCGCCGUCGGCGGCGGCGGCGCAGCUGGCGAAGGUGGCAGCCAAGGAACAGCGCCGGAGGAGUCAAGCCAACUUCGAGGCUGCGCUAGAAGCGGUGGGCGUGGACUCGCGGCCCGGGAGCAGCGAAGCGCCGCAAAACCCCCGGAGUUCAGGCUUAGGGAAGCGUCGGACCUCAGCCCUGGGCGGCGCACAGCUGGGUGCAGCGGGCGCCGGUGAAGAGUAUCACCAGAGGAUCCAGACGCUCAAGACGGCCAUUCGUGGCGCUGAGGCUUUAGGUCUCUCUGACGAGUCCAUCCAGCCAGCCCGAGAGGCCACGCGACCGGUGCGGCAUGCGCCCACCGUCCAGGGUCCCUCCCGUGCCUACGCUGCGCUGGCGCGGCGCGCAGGCAUCUUGAAGGGGGAGGGAACGAUUGAGAUGGUGGGCAAAGCUUUGGCGCUCCAAAAGUCGGGGCGCGACAUCAUCCGGAUGGAGGUGGGGGACCCGGAUUUCGCCACGCCCAAGCAUAUCACAGACAGUGCAGUUUCAGCCCUUCAAAACGGGCAGACACAUUACGAGGCGGCUGGUGGAUCACCUGCUUUGCGGCGCGUGGUCGCUGAGCAUUUGGAACGCACCAGGCCGGGGCUCAAAGCAGACCCGGAGCAGGUGUUGUGCAUGCCGGGCGGCAAGCCCGUCAUCUUCCACACGAUCGCCGCACUGUGCGAGGAGGGGGAUGAGGUGAUCUAUCCGGACCCGGGUUUCCCCGCCUACGAGACCACCAUCCAGUGGUCCGGCGCCACGGCCAAGCCGCUGAAGCUGCAUGAGGCCACGGGCUUCCGGUUCCAACACGACGAGCUCCGUCGCUUGGCGUCUCCCCGCACGAAGCUCAUCAUCCUAUGUUCGCCCGGGAAUCCCACCGGUGGUGUGCUCACAUCGGAGGAUUUGGACUGCGCGGCAGAGGUGGCCAAGGAGGUGGACGCCUUUGUGCUCAGCGAUGAGAUCUACUCCAGUUUGGUCUUCGAGGGCCAGCACGAUAGCAUCUUGUUGCGGGAGGGCAUGCCGGAGAGAUCAGUGCUGCUGGAUGGCUGCAGCAAAGCCUUUGCGAUGACAGGGUGGCGAUUGGGCUUUGGCCUUUUCCCCUCCACCAUGGUGGAGGCAGCGCGGAAUUUGGCGAUCAACAGCUGGACCUGUGUACCUCCUUUUGUGGCAGCCGCCGCGAUGACAGCCUUAGAAACACCUCAGGAGGAAUUGGACUACAUGCGGAUGGAGUACAUGGCUCGGCGCGACCUGCUCUACGAGCGCUUGGGACAGCUUCCGGGCAUUUCCAUCGCGGUCAAACCCGCCGGAGCAAUGUAUCUCCUGGCGAACGUGACCGCAACGGGGCUCAGUUCACGCGACUUCGCCAGCCGUUUGCUGGAGGAGGAGGGCGUCUCCUUGUUGGAUGGCCGCUACUUUGGAUCUGCAGGUGAUGGAUUGGUAAGGAUCUCCUACGCGCAAUCCCGGGAGCGGCUGGAAGAGGGUUGCGAGCGCAUCAAACGCUUCGUCCUCCGCCUGUCGCAGUGA